CACACACAAAAAUGAAGAAGUGAAGGCAGGAAAAGUUUCUCCAGAGGAAAAAUGCAGGGCUUGUCCUUCACCCUGACGUCAGAUCUGUCUUUAAUAAAAUCCCCAAAGAGCCAAGAGAAAAAGGCAGAGUGCCUAGGCUAGGUUGCCAGUUCAGGAUUGCUCUGCAUUCCCCAAAGUGGUGUUUUUGUUCAAAACGGCUCUAAAUCUGGGUUCAAUCAAUGUAUUUAAUCCCGGCUUCCAGGGAUGAGGUGGCUUUUGCCCUGGAUUCUAGCAACGAGCAGCAUUUUGCAGGCCAUUGCCCAGACCUCCACCACCAUGACCCCUGCCGUCCCUGCCAUGACAGAGGCCUACACGCGGACUCAGUACUGUAAGUGGCCAUGCGAGUGUCCGAAGUCUCCACCUCGGUGCUCGGUAGGUGUCAGCCUGGUCACAGACGGCUGCGACUGCUGCAAGACAUGUGCCAAGCAGCGUGGAGAAAGUUGCACGGAGGCCGACACCUGUGAUUUCCACAGGGGCCUGUACUGCGACUACAGUGGAGACAGACCUAGGUACGAAAUAGGAGUAUGUGCACAGAUUGUCGGUGUAGGAUGUGUCCUCAAUGGAGUCAGGUAUAACAAUGGGGACACGUUUCAGCCUAACUGCAAAUACAACUGCACAUGCAUCAAUGGGGCCGUGGGCUGUAUUCCCAUGUGCACAAACUCACGUCCUCCCCUUGUCUGGUGCCCAAACCCAAAGCUGAUUAAGAUGGCAGGGAAGUGCUGCGAGCAGUGGAUUUGCGAUGACUCCAAGAAAAUCAGGAAGACGUCUCCACGCCACAUCACCUCUGCAGCAUACGAGGGAGAGGAUGAAGCCUGGCAGAAGAACUGCCUCGUUCACACCUCAUCCUGGAGUCCCUGCUCAAAGACCUGCGGGCUCGGCAUCUCCACCAGGAUUUCCAAUGACAACGACCAGUGCCGGCUCCUGAAGGAAAGCCGACUGUGCAACAUGCGGCCCUGUGAGGUGGAUAUCACCAAGCACAUUAAGCCUGGGAAGAAGUGUUUGGCUGUCUACAGGGCCAAUGAACCAAUGAACUACACCAUCUCAGGAUGUGUGAGCAAAAGCCCAUAUAGACCCAAAUAUUGCGGUGUCUGCACAGACAACAGGUGCUGCACGCCCUACAAGUCCAAAACUAUUGAAGUGAGGUUUCAAUGCCCAGAUGGAACAGAGUUUUCCUGGAAAAUCAUGUGGAUCAAUGCAUGUUUUUGCAACCUGAACUGCAAGAACCCCAAUGACAUCUUUGCUGACUUGGCUCAUUACCAUGAUUACUCUGAAAUCGCUAAUUAAAUUGGCUGAAUGCUGGAAUUGUCCCAUUGCUCUGAUUUUACAGAGGUUUUAAAAUAAAAGGAGAAUCUUCA